AGAAAUAAUUUUAUUAUUGAAGUGAUAACAUCCAUUUUCGCUGUAGUGAUUGAAUAAAAAAAAAAGAGAAGUGAUAACAUAACACAUAACGAAUAACACAACGAGAGCUAUUGCACAUUCGGAAAUUUAAUCGCAAACCAGCUGCUCAGGAAAAUUGUAAACAAGAAAAAGACAAAAAACAAACAUUUCAUUGGAAAGUGCGAGAAGAAAGGGCAAGACAAGAACGAACAAACUUGCAAUAGAAAAAAACCUCAACUUUUUCUCAGUCGAAAUACAUACGCACAUACAUAGUAUUCAAAGCAUGAAUCUAUCAUUUGCUGGUUGCGGAUUCUUGGGUAUCUACCACGUUGGAGUCGCCGUCUGCUUCAAGAAGUAUGCUCCACACCUAUUGCUAGAGAAAAUUGGUGGAGCUUCGGCCGGUUCCCUGGCAGCAUGUUGCUUGCUCUGUGAUUUGCCAUUAGGCAGCAUGACAUCGGAUUUCUUUCGGGUGGUGAACGAGGCUCGUCGCUACUCACUGGGUCCUUUCAGUCCUUCCUUCAAUAUACAAACCUGCCUGCUGGAGGGCCUGCAGAAGCAUCUGCCCGACGAUGCCCACAAGCGCGUUAACGGUCGGCUGCACAUCUCCCUGACCCGUGUGUACGAUGGCAAGAAUGUGAUCAUCUCUGAGUUCGAGUCUCGGGAAGAAGUGCUACAGGCCCUGCUCUGUGCUUGCUUCAUACCGGGCUUCUCAGGAAUUCUGCCUCCACGUUUCCGUGGCGUUCGCUACAUGGACGGUGCCUUCUCCGAUAAUCUGCCCAUUCUAGAUGAGAAUACCAUUACGGUCAGUCCCUUCUGCGGGGAGAGCGACAUCUGCCCGCGCGACCAGAGCUCCCAGCUCUUCCACCUGAACUGGGCAAACACCAGCAUCGAGAUCUCAAGGCAGAACAUCAAUCGAUUUGUAAGGAUUCUGUUCCCUCCGCGGCCCGAGUUUCUCAGCAAGUUCUGCCAGCAGGGAUUCGACGACGCCUUACAAUUCCUGCAUCGCAACAAUCUAAUUAACUGCCGUCGCUGUGUGGCGGUACAGUCCACGUUUGUCGUCUCUGAGACAGUGGCCCAGCCGCAGGAGUUCGAUCCAGAGUGCAGGGAGUGCAAAAAGCAUAGAAAGGACGCAUUGAGCUCAAACAUGCCACAAACGGUUUUGGAUGUGAUACAGGACUACAUCGAGCAGGCGAACAAAGGCCUUGCCAACUGGAUCUUCAAGCAUCGGGGCAUCAAACUGCUCUCGCUGCCAGCGACUGUGCCUAUGGACUUCUUCCUGGCCACCAUAUCCAAAAUAUCGACACUGACCCCAAAACUUACCAAGCAAGCCCGACAAAUGGUGGAAGAGUUGAUUAAUCAAUUGAAUAACGCCAUGCAAAUCCGCCUGCUCAAUAAAUUCACGCUGUAUGAUCAGCCGCACUUUGAUGCCACUGGACUGCUGCAUUCGAACCGGCUAUAUGGACCCAGAGUCUCCAUUCUUGUGGAUGAGUGCGGUGCCACUCCCCUGGAGGACGAUGUCGAUAACUUUGAGCAUGUUCUCAAGAUGACCACGCACAACGAUGCUCUCUACGCCUACUACUACACCGACAACAACACGAACAAGGUGAAGGUAACCGAGAUAUUUGACUUUGACGAUAUGACGGAGCACGAUGAGCUGGCCACAGACCUACAGAUCUACGAGGGCUCAGUCGAGGAUCAUCCGAAUCCCCACCAGCACAGCCACAACACGGUCGUCAGCGAGUGGAAUGGCGUCGAAUCAGACUUUUUCAUCGAUGCUCAGACGCCAAAUGUGGAUGUGGAUGCCCCGAAACCACACACGUCACACUUUCCACAACCGGAUUUUGAGGCCGAGUCAGAUGCUAGUGUUCUCAGUGAUCCCGAGGCGGAUCAAAGUUUUAGACCCUCUACGCAAAGCAACGACAUGUACAUAGAAAUUGAAUGAGAGUUGAGCGAUGAACGAUGAGUCAGCGGACGUAGCUUUAGUAUCCCUCGUCUUAUGAACUGUAACGAAACAUCUCCAAAGCGGCUUGUAGCAAAGCGAAAGGCCUUAGUAGCGUUUCCAUUAUAUUGUAAAACUAGCUUUAGUACGACCAACGUAUGUACCUAACUUAACAUAGCGUAUGCUGCCAUUGUAUCC